UGGCCAGUGCAACCUCUCUUUGGUUGGGGGUGAUGGACACACGGGCCCCGCGGGGCCUCUUCCUUCUCCUCCUCUUCCUCCCGCUGCUGCCGCCACGCGGGGCCUCCGCGGGGAGCCUGCACAGCCCAGGCUUGUCCGAGUGCUUCCAGGUGAAUGGCGCAGACUACCGCGGCCACCAGAACCGGACGGGGCCGCGCGGGGCGGGCCGCCCGUGCCUCUUCUGGGACCAGACGCAGCAGCACAGCUACAGCAGCGCCAGCGACCCCCAAGGCCGCUGGGGACUGGGCCCGCACAACUUCUGCCGGAACCCCGACGGAGACGUGCAGCCCUGGUGCUACGUAGCCGAGACAGAGGAGGGGAUCUACUGGCGUUACUGUGACAUCCCCACGUGCCACAUGCCUGGAUACCUGGGUUGCUUCGUGGAUUCGGGGGCACCCCCCGCCCUCAGUGGCCCCAGCGGCACCUCAACGAAGCUCACGGUCCAGGUGUGCCUUCGCUUCUGCCGCAUGAAGGGCUACCAGCUGGCGGGCGUGGAGGCUGGCUAUGCCUGCUUCUGUGGCUCUGAAAGCGACCUGGACCGGGGACGCCCGGCCCCAGCUACCGACUGUGACCAGAUUUGCUUCGGCCACCCGGGCCAGCUGUGCGGAGGCGAUGGGCGUCUGGGUAUCUACGAAGUGUCCGUGGGCUCCUGCCAGGGCAACUGGACGGCUCCUCAGGGCGUCGUCUACUCCCCGGACUUCCCGGACGAGUACGGGCCGGACCGGAACUGCAGCUGGGCGCUGAGCCCGCCGGGCGCCGCGCUGGAGCUCACCUUCCGCCUCUUCGAGCUGGCCGACCCGCGCGAUCGGCUGGAGCUGCGCGACGCCGCCUCUGGCAGCCUGCUGCGCGCUUUCGACGGCGCCCGCCCGCCACCGCCCGGGCCGCUGCGCCUGCGCGCCGCCGCGCUGCUGCUCAUCUUUCGCAGCGACGCGCGCGGCCACGCGCAGGGCUUCGCGCUCACCUACCGCGGGCUGCAGGACGCCGCUGACGACCCGGAGCCCAGGGGCUCGGCGCAGACCCCCGCGGCGCCCCCCGACUGGGCUAACGUCAGCUGCAGUCCCCGGCCCGGGGCUCCGGAGGCCGCGAUGGGAGCCCGGGUCUUCUCGACGGUGACGGCCAUCUCGGUGCUGCUGCUGCUGCUCCUGUCGUUGCUGCGUCUGCUUCGCCGACGGAGCUGUCUGCUGGCUCCGGGAAAAGGUCCCCCAGCGUUGGGGCCUUCCCGGGGCCCCGGGAGAAGCUGGGCUGUGUGGUACCGCCGGCCUCGAGGGGUGGCCCUGCCCUGCCCUCCCGGCGACUCUCAGGCUGUGGGUCUAGCUGCGAGUUACCGGCCCCUGAGUGCCUCCAGCCAGAGUUCCCUGCGCUCGCUCAUCUCUGCUCUCUGA